AUGCCUCCGAAGAGGAAGAGCGAGGCGGUGGAGUCGGGCAAGUCCGGCUCUCCCGCCAAAACUCACAAGAAGCCGAAGCAGGCCAAGCUGGCGGAGCCGUACACGGGCGAAGACGGGUGGACCAUCCAUCCGCCCAGCCUCAUCUACAAGGUUGGAGGCAUGGCCCCGAACUCGAAGCUGGCUUGCUUUGACCUGGACGGUACUCUUGUGAACACAAAGAGCAAGAGCCAAUUUGCCAGGGAUGAGAACGACUGGAAGUUCUUCAACAAGAAGGUGCCACAAGUUUUGAAACAGUAUGAAGCUCAAGGAUACAAGCUGGUAAUUUUCAGCAACCAAGCUGGCAUUCGUUCUAAGCUUGAUGGGAAGAAUGCAGAGAAAACGAAGGGGAGGAUUGACAACAUGCUGAAAACGGUUCAAGUAGACAUGCAGGUGUUCCUCGCAACAGAGAAGGAUGGCCUCCGCAAGCCUGAGUGUGGCAUGUGGAGCUUUAUGUUGGAGAAUUGCAAUGGGGGGAUGCAAGCAGACAAAACAGUGAGUUUUUUUGUUGGGGAUGCAGCUGGCCGUACCUUCGACUUUGACGACACUGAUAAGGGUUUUGCUGCAAACAUUGGAAUCCCAUUCAAAAUACCUGAAGAUGUUUUUGGGGAAGGCGAAUCGAAAAAACAAGUGAACCUGGCUCAAAUGGAGGCCCCUGCCGACAACCUCAAUGAGGAAUUGACCAACAUUUUCAAGGAGCUGGCGGACCUGAAUGCAGAUGACAGAUUCAAGAAGAGUGCCUACCAGAAGGUGGCAACUGCACUGAGCCUGUUUGGCAGCAAGAUCACGAUGGCCAAUCUCAAGGAUGUGAAGCAGUUGCCAGGAGUUGGCAAGGCCUCGCUUACGAAGAUCGAGGAGUUUCUCACAACUGGGAAGGUCGAAACACUUGAGAGGCUUCGAGGAGGCCCUGACGACAAAUUAGGGAAGAAAUCCGCAGAGGCCAAAGAUAACUCCAUGGCCAUGAAAUUUAUGUGA